GUCCAAGACAAACACUCUCCCUCACAAUCAGCUUCUCAAGACCCGAAAACAAAACGCUGUAAGUUGUCCAAAGGAAAUGAGUCUAACGCCAAAAAAGCCAAGCUGUUGUCCAAAAAAGACACUGGCCCCAAACCUGUGCUAGAGCAACCGAACUCCUUUGCUGGCAACUCUGACACUAGCUCAGUCGUCACCUACCUUCUUUCAAUAUUUCCAGAGGGAGAAACCUCUAGCUGGAAAGACAGCCAAACCCAGGCCUCAGUUACUAUGUUCAACCUGGUAAAGGUAUCCUCAUCACCGCGUCCUACGCAUGCUAAGGAAUCCAAAUUGGUUUCCCUUCGCGUCUACAUGGACCAGCGCAUUGCCCAAGCUCGUUCUGACGGCGAGACUUCCUUCAUUUCUUCUGUCUUUGGCACUCGCUUUCUCGAGUAUUACAGCAUCGAGCUAUUGAAAUACUUUGAACAUACUACAGCUUUCCUGGGUAAGCUCGGCCCCGCCUGUAUUCAGUAUUUCCAAGUGGGUGUGGAGCGCACCAUCGCUCGGGACCGGGAGCAGGGAUUCAUUUGUUCUGCGGACGAGACUGCCAUACUAACUGGUCUUCCCGAUCCCGUUGGGUGGAAUGGCAAUAAAUCACAACCAGCUGACCAACCAUGGUGGACACCAGUGCUUGAUGUGGCCAAGAAAAAGGCCGAGCUAGCCAGCGACGAUGAAGAGGAGGAGGGAGACCAAGAAGAAUCACCU